AUGACAUUCAAUCCAGCCACGCACCUCAACUAUGCUGAGCCAGCCGAGCGCCUCACGAUGGAGGACCUCGGACUGAGCAGCCACUCGGCACCAAGCCGCAUUGGUGUCACUGCGCCCUUUCCUCUGGUCUCGUUGGAGGGCGUGCAAGCGCUCCGAAAGGACAUUCUGCAGCCCAAUGUGCUGUCCAGUUACAUGAUGCCGUCGGCCAUCUCGGGCCCACACAUCCAGCUGCGCGGGAUGGCCCCCGAGGCCAGCAGGUUUCUCUAUGACCUCUGGACGUCGCCAGAGGUGCUAGCGGCCGUCAGCGACGCAGCCGGCGAGGAUCUUGUGCCUGUCUUUGACUAUGAGAUCGGGCACACCAACAUCCAGGUGCCCGAGGGCAUGGCGCGGGCCGAGUAUGCGCAGUCGCUGUCUGCCGACCCGUACGACAAGUCGGCGCCGUCGCUCAAGCCGCCGCGCGAGGCCGACAAGGUGGCGCCCGUCGUGGGCUUCCACCGCGAUGCCUACCCCUGGGUCUGCGUCCUCAUGCUCUCCGACGUCACGGGCAUGAUCGGGGGCGAGACCGAGAUCCGGCGCGGCGACGGGAGCGUGAUCAAGGCCCUGGGCCCCAACGUGGGCUACUGCGUCAUGAUGCAGGGCGGCUUCAUCGAGCACUGCGCGCUGCCCUGCCACGGCGCACGCGAGCGCAUCACCAUGGUCACCUCCUUCCGGCCACGGGCCAAGGUGUUUCCCGACGUCAGCAACCUCGCCACCAUCCGCACGUGCUCCAACUCGUUUGAGAUGUACGACCAGUUUGUCCGCAGCCGUCUCGACAUUGUCGAGGAGAUGGUGGCCGUCUACCGACGCCAGCUGCUGCUCCGCAGAGAGGCCGUCGAGGAUGCAUACGGUCGCCGCGGCGGCCUGAAGCGGCCCACGGUCGAUGUUGCCGAGCUGGGCGGCCUUGUCAAUGUGGUCAAGGACACGCUGAGCAAUGCCGUCGAGCAGCUGCUGCCGUACGGCGCAGACCCCAGGGACAUCUACACGCCCAGACUGGAAGGCCCUGUCCACCACGAGCUCUCCCGGAUGUGA